AUGCAUUUUUUAGGUCUCAAAAAGAGGACGUGCAGGAAAAAGAGAACGGCACUUGCACAGGAGACCAGCCAAGAUCCUGACAUAACUGCAGCCAUAGAGGGAUCAGGAGAGUCAACUAUGGAAAAAGCAACUGAAAAAGCACAAGACACAGUUCACAACCUUUUUUGCGAUGUCUCACUCAACAUUGCUGUAACCGGAGAAACAGGAGCUGGAAAGUCGUUUUUCAUUAAUGCAAUCAGAGGACUGGAGGCUGAUGAUGAAGGUGCAGCUAAAACUGGAGUUACUGAAACCACCACUGAAGCAACCUCUUACCAACAUCCAACAAUGCCUAAUGUGACUUUCUGGGACCUUCCUGGAGUUGGUAGCUGCAAUUUUCAGGCUAAGCGAUAUCUUCAACAAGUGAAUUUCAACAGGUAUGAUUUCUUCAUCAUCAUCUUAUCUGAGAGAUUCAGAGAGAACAACAUCCUGCUGGCUACAGAGAUCCAAAACCAGGAAAAGAAGUUUUACUUUGUUAGAUCAAAGAUAGACAAUGACGUCCGUGCAGAAGAGAAUAGGAGAGACUUCAACAGAGAGAAAAUGCUCAGUGAUAUCAAACAGGACUGUCAGCAGAAGCUGAAAGAUUUUGAAAAUCCUAAAGUUUUUCUCAUUUCCUCCAAGGAUCUCUCUGCAUUUGAUUUUGAGGAGCUUGUAGACACACUGAUGUCAGAGCUUCCAGAGCAUAAACAAAACGCUCUAAUACAGUCAGUACCAGUCACGUCUGUGGCUGUACUAAAGAAAAAAGUUGAAAUGUUUAAGAAAGCAGUCUGGGCUGCAGCUCUUUCCUCUGGUGCAGUUGCAGCAGUUCCAGUACUUGGUCUAUCAUUAGCAUGUGAUGCUAGCAUUCUAGUAACUUUCUUUACAAAGUGCCGCUUCUCAUUAGGUCUUGAUGAAAAAUCAAUUGACAGACUCUCAGAACGAGUCAACAAGCCACAUCUGAAAUCUUUGAUAAAAUGUCCUCUUGUAAGUAAAAUGGCAACAUUGAAAUUAGGUGUAUCCCUAUUAGCUAGUAGUGAAGUAAUGGAGUCCUUGUUUAAGUUUGUACCUGGUCUAGGAUGUGCUUUAGCAGCAGGAAUUUCUUUUAGUUCUACAAUGUUGCUGCUAAAGACUGGAUUGAAAGAACUUGAAGAUGCAGCACUAACAGUGCUGAGAGAGGCCGGGUUAGAUUGA